AUGUUGACUUACCAUGACCCGAUACUGGUUGUAGGCGGCGGCACCUUCGGGCUUUCAACGGCGUACCAUCUCGUCAAAGCUGGGUACACAUCCGUUACUAUCCUCGAACAAGGCACGUCAGUUCCGUCGACACUUUCGGCAGGCAAUGAUGUGAAUAAAAUCGUUCGCGCCGAGUAUGAGGACCCGUUUUACACCGAGCUUGCUUUACAAGCCAUGGCGGAAUGGAACAACAACCCGGUUUUCUCACCACACUAUCGCCAGACCGGGUACUUGCUAGCCAACUCCGCAGCAGCGCCUGCGAAGACCAAGCGGACUCUCCAGAAGUCCCUUGAAAGUAUCAGAGCACACCCGGCGUGGGUGGGCAGAAUCGUACCGGUAAAGAGCAGAGAUGAUAUUGCCCAGGCUGCCCCUGCAUUAGACGGGCCCAUGGAAGGUUGGGAAGGGUAUUAUAAUUCCUUCGCGGGGUAUGCGCAUGCCUCAAACGCACUCAAGGCUCUCUACGAGUACGUGAAAGAUCGAGGGGUCAAUAUUCAUACAGGAGAAGAGGUCUCUAGUCUUGUGUACGACAACGAUCAAUGUGUGGGUGCUCGCACGGUCUCUGGAAAAGAAUACAAGGCAAUAGCAACAAUCUUGACACUGGGUGCCUCGCUCGGAAAGGUGCUCCCCUCUGUUAAGCGACAAAUCACGGCGAAAGCUUGGAGCGUUCUGCACAUCCAACUUCGACCAGAAGAAGCAGAGCAACUGAAAGGAAUUCCCGUCACAUAUGCUCGGGACCUGGGUUUCUUUUUCGAACCCGAACCUGGGACUGGAAUACUGAAGCUGUCCCCAAGCGGUGGAGGGUACACCAACUAUUCAACAGCCACCGGCCUAUCUCUUCCGCCAAAGAACAACGACUUUGUUCCGGAGGCAGAUCGGCAGAGAGUACGCAAACUCUUACAAGAAACACUUCCCAGUCUGGCAGACAGGCCUUUUGUUGAUCAGCAUAUCUGCUGGUGUGCUGACUCCGCGGACUCGGAUUAUGUCAUUGAUGCUGUGCCAGGUAGGAAGGGCUUGUUUGUUGCAACUGGUGACUCGGGCCAUGGGUUCAAAAUGCUGCCUGUGGUUGGAGAAUGGAUUAAGGACCUUAUAGAAAAGGGAUCACAAGAACUACCUCGAUGGAGUUGGAAGGAAGGAAGCGAUGCUGGACAGAAUGUGAGCUGGAGGGCUGGAGAAGUGCUGGACUUGAAAAAUCUCGGAUUCAGCCCUAGACUAUGA